CUGGUCCUGAAGCUGAUGAGGAUGAUGGCGGUGAUGGAGGAGCAACGCUGAGUUCGCUCUGCCAGUUUUCGCUCCCCCUUUUCCGUUCAUUAUUUUCUGACUAUAUUAAAAAAAGACAACAUAGCGUCAUAGAAGAGACACCGCCGGUUUGACCGAAUACCUUUAUCCACCUCCCUCCCUCCCGUCUCCUGAGCCGAGACAGAGAUGGGGAACGAAGCGAGCAUGGAGGGCGGCGGGCAGCCCGGUGAGCCAGGAGCCGUCGGGGUGAUGGGGUCGGUGAUGCCCGGAGGACCCGCAACAGGACCGGGGGCAGGACAGCACGUGAAGCCGGUCAACGGAACCGCUACCGGUGGAGGGAUGGGGAUCGGAGGCCCCGGGAUGGGAAUGACAAGGGGUCCGAUGGGCAGCCCCAAGCCUGGCAUGCAACAAGGAGGCCAUGGAGGAGGAGGAAUGGGAGGAGUAGGUGGAGGUGGUAUUGGAGGAGGAGGAAUGGGAGGAAUAGGAGGAGGAGGUAUGGGAGGAGGAGGAAUGGGAGGAAUAGGGGGAGUAGGAAUGGGCGGAGGUGGAGGACUAGGGACCAGAGCUGUCGAGCCCUACCGCCUGGCCACUCACGAGGCUCCGACUUCCCCCCGACAUAUGCAGUCAAGCCAGGGGCCUGGCAUGGGGCAUGGCCCCGGGUCUGGCCAUGGGAUGGUUCAUGGUCCAGCUGGGUCCAGCAUGGGAGGCCAUGGAGGUCAGCCAAGUCCUGGUCAGCACGCCUCCCGUCGAAACCUCCAAGUCGACUUCAGCGGUUCGGGCGGCUCCAGGACAGGCCGGUCUCCCUCUGUGUCUCCUGACCGCGGCCUGACGCCCACCUCGCCCUACUCGGUGCCGCAGAUCGCACCAAUGCCGAGCAGCAAACUGUGCCCAGUGUGCACAAGCACAGAGCUGUCCAACCCACCGGCUGUACCCAACUACAACACCUGCACCCAGUGUAAGGCCACCGUCUGUAACCAGUGUGGAUUCAACCCCAACCCGCAUCUCACUGAGGUCCAGGAGUGGCUGUGUCUGAAUUGUCAGAUGCAGAGAGCUCUUGGCAUUGAUAUGACCACGCCUCGCUCUAUGAGCCAACAGCAGAUUCACUCUCCGUCUCACCAAGCCAAACCAAUCGUCCAGCCUCAGCAGCCUGCACCUCAGCCAAUACAGCCGGCAGCAGCAGCACAGCCCAAACCUUUGGCACAGAGUCAGCCCACUCAGCGGCAGCAGCAGCCGCCUCAGUCUCAGCCUAAGUCUCAGCCCUACGGCCAGACUCAACCCUAUUCCCAGACCCAGCCAUACUCCCAAACCCAGCCAUUCCCCCAGUCCCAGCCAUACUCCCAGUCCCAGCAGUAUCCCCAGUCUCAGCCCCAGUCAUACCCUGCAUCCAAGACAGGGCCCCAGACUCAGCCUCAUACCUCACCAGGCUUGCAGAGACACCCAGGCCCUGGCGGACCCCAGACUCAACCAGGGUCCUUUCAGCAAGGCAUGAGGUCUGACCCGUACUCCCAGAGAGGUCCCGGGGCUCCAGGAGCUGUUGGAGGUCCCGCAGGUGGGCCCAACCAGCCAGGGGGUCCACGGAUUCCCCACCCUGGCGCUGUGCCUCUCCCUGGCUUGACCAAGGCUCCGUCCCAGCCCGAUUUGGGUCGCGGUUCCCCGAUGCACCAGUCAAUGGCACGGCACCAUGACCAGACCAGAAGCGCUGGCUCCUCCCCAGCCCACAGACCUCAGAGUCAGGCGCCUCCUCCUGCCCAGGACGGCCUGACCAAACUGUUUGGUUUCGGAGCAUCACUGCUCAAUCAGGCGAGUACCCUGAUCAAUGUUGACCCUCUAGCCACCGCCUCCACCCAGCCAAGCCCUGCACGAGGCAAAGUGGUGUUCAGUAAUGCAACUACUGACAUCAAGCAGCAACAACAAGGGGCCCCUGGCACCAAACCAUUCAGUACAGGGGGCCCUCAUGCUCCAACUCAAAUGGGUGGCCCUCAUGCGCCGAGCCAAAUGGGGGGUCCUCAUGCGCCAAGCCAAAUGGGGGGCCCUCAUGCUCCAACUCAAAUGGGUGGCCCGAAUGCAUCGAGCCAAAUGGGGGGUCCUCAUGCGGUGAGCCAAAUGGGGGGUGCUCAUGUGCCGGGCCAAAUCGGGGGUCCUCAAAUGCAGAGCCAAAUGGGUGGUUCUUAUACGCAGAGCCAAAUGGGGGGUCCUCAUACGCCUAGCCAAAUGGGAGGUCCCCAAAUGGGAGGUACCCAAAUGGGAGGUACCCAAAUGGGCGGUACUCAAAUGGGCGGUCCACAAAUGGGCGGUCCACAAAUGGGUGAACCACAUGCAACAACCCAGAAGCAGCCAACCAAGCCCCAUCAACAAGGAAUGCCGCAACAGCAGUCGCCUGCGCAUCAUCAAAAAGGGCAGCAAGGACAACAACAUCAGCAAACACCUGCUCAUCUGCAGAAAGUGCAGCAGAAGCAGGAGCCCAUGGUGGCCCCUGUGCCUGCUCCAGAGCCUGUGAAACCUAAAGUGAACUGUCCUCUUUGUAAAACGGAACUGAACAUUGGCAGCUCUGACCCGCCCAACUACAACAGCUGUACGCAGUGUCAGAGCCAAGUGUGUAACCUGUGUGGCUUCAACCCCACACCGCAUCUGGUGGAGAAAAAGGAGUGGUUAUGUCUCAACUGCCAGACCCAGCGGCUUAUGUCCGGAGGCGGUCUUGACGAACCUUCACUUCCUGUUCCUCAUCCGUCUCCCAAGCACCAGCCAAUGGGCUCACCCCGUCACCAGGUUCCAACCAGUCAGCAAAGCCCUCUCCACAAAUCCACCAAUCAGCAGGGGCCCAGGCCAGCCCAACCCCAGACGCAGAAAGCACAGGCGGGAACUGGUAGUAGCGGACCUUUUGCGCCCACUGCUGCCAAACAACCGACUGACACCAAGACCACGACACCAGCUCCGGCACCAAUAUCAACCACAGAGACCCAGAAACAUCCUAAACCCACAGAGGAGAAACCCAAAAGUGAACCUGAGAACCAAACUGCCAAAGACACCAAACCUUCCCAGAAGAAAGGAGAGCAGAUCACACCGAUCAAGGAAAUCAAGAAGUCCAGGCACUAUGAUGACACAAAAAACAACAGCACCCAUGACUUGUCACGCAGCCCUCAAAGCCUCAGUGACACCGGCUACUCCUCUGAUGGCAUCUCCAGCUCCCACAGUGAAAUCACAGGUCUAAUCCAAGAAGAGGAGAUGAAGCUAAGUGAGAGGGGGAUCAGUGGGCGUGGCUCCCCACCAAGCCCUUCUGAAAUCACAAAGCUAGAAAGCUCCAUGAGGCCUUUGCUGGAGAAGAGCCUUUCUGAAGAGAAGGUGGACAGAAGGGGGAGGAAGCACAGAGACUUGGAUGACAGAGGGAAGCAGCGGCCACGCUCCCUUUCAAUUCCACCAGAUGCAUACGACUCUGAUGAGGAACUAGAAGAUAUACUAGAGGAAGAAGAAGAUGGAGGAGACUGGGAGGGUAAACGGAAGGAAGGGAAGGAGGAGAAGAAUGGGAAGAAAAAGAAGGAAAAAGAGGCUGAGCCCACAGAGAUGACAGAUGAGGAGUUCAUGAGGAGACAAAUUAUGGAGAUGAGCGCUGAUGAAGAAAAUGAGGAGGAGGAGGAAGAGAUGGAGGAAGAGGAAGAUGAGGAAGAUGAAGGAUAUGGCUACCAGAAACCCAAGAAAAGCCACCAUAAACACAUAAUCUCUGACUCAGGGAAAGAGAAAAGACGUCUUCAGCACCACUCCAGCAGUUUCGAGGAGGAAACUAAGAGCUCUACCGAUGUUUAUAAAGGCUCAUUGGAGGAGGGUGAGGAAGAUGUGAUGGCAUCACAAGGAGGCUUGAGGCGCUUCAAAACUAUUGAACUCAAUAACACCAAUAGCUACAAUCGAGACAUGGAGCUGGGCAAUGAAAAUGACUUGAGCCUUGAUCGUGAACCAGAGCUAGAGAUGGAAAGCCUGACAGGAUCUCCCGAGGAGCGUUCUCGGGGUGACUACUCCUCCACUCUGCCAGCCACUUCAUCCUCAUAUGGCUCAGGCCAGUCUCCUACUUCCAUCUCAUCAAUGGAGGAGGACAGUGACAGUAGCCCCAGCAGGAGACAAAGGCUGGAAGAGGCCAAGCAGCAGAGGAAAGCACGCCACCGCUCCCAUGGCCCUCUCCUUCCCACCAUUGAAGACUCUUCAGAAGAGGACGAGCUGAGAGAGGAAGAAGAACUUCUGAGAGAGCAGGAGAAGAUGAGGGAGGUGGAACAACAGAGAAUAAGGAGCACAGCACGAAAGACCAAGAGGGAUAAGGAGGAGCUGAGGGCUCAGAGACGCAGAGAGAGGUCCAAGACACCACCUAGUAAUCUCUCACCCAUUGAGGAUGCUUCUCCUACAGAAGAGCUGAGACAAGCUGCAGAAAUGGAAGAGCUCCAUCGUUCUUCUGCUUCUGAAUAUUCCCCUCAGAGUCUGGACUCAGAGGCUGAGGGAUACGAGUCCAAACUUUACAAGUCAGGCAGUGAAUACAACCUGCCUACCUUUAUGUCUCUCUACUCACCAGUAGAGAAAUCAUCAACUACAACAACCACCACAGCACCAUCUUCAACUUCAAAACCGUUAAAGAGCGCUGAGGAGGUUUAUGAGGAGAUGAUGAGGAAGGCAGAGAUGCUUCAGAAACAACAGCAGCAACAGCAGCAACAUGGAAGACAUGGGCAGUACUACGAGGAGGAUGUUAAUGGACAAGGUUAUGAUGACGAGUAUGAAUAUGAACAAGAUCAGGUAGGAUAUGAUAAUGAGGCAGCAGAGACAGAAACAGAUAUUUAUGAGGAGAUCCGACAAACAUCUCAGAACAUCACCAAAAUGCAGCAGGCCACAGAUGAGCAAGUAGAGAUUGAGAUUGAAAGCUCCUACCCAGACAAACAGCUCCUAGACACAGGCUCAGCCUUUGCUAAGCUACUGGAGCAAAGCAAUGCUCUACUUACUCCAGGGACCAGCCCCACCCAGAUCUCAGCUCCUGUCUCCUUUGCUGAGACUGGAGGACGGAUUCCUGAUGUCCGAGUGACACAGCACUUCUCUGCAAAGGAUGGACACAAAGACAGGAUCAAAAGCCAAGCAGGAAAGAAUGGAAUAACUCCAGCAGUGGCUGCCACAACUAUUGCAGCUUAUGGCGUUUAUGCCAGAGAUGCAGUAACUAUUUCUCAGACUAGUUCAAGCCACACUAUGACGUCUACUCAGUCUGGUAUAUAUGGCCGGCACAUGGCAAGUCCUGCCACAUCUUCAGCUACAGUCUCAAGUGUAUGCAGCAAAAUUGCAGAGAUUACCCAGGCCUACAGUCAAAGAGAAGUGAUCACGAGAAGGGUAGGGGAGACCAGGGAUGUGCGAGACAGCUCAACAUCUUCCACUGAGAGAAUUAUUGAGCCACGUUCUCCCAAGUAUACUACUUAUUACAGGAGCACCAGUCCUCCUCUUUCUCCAUCACCACCACCACAGAGUCCAACCCGUUCACCUUCCAGGAGAAAUACAGCUGAAUUCUCUACACAGACUUUCAGUUCAGCAUUACGAAUGUCAGAGUCAGCUGGCUCUGGGCCUACAUCUCCAGUGACAGCUCAGGGAACCCAAACUUCACAUCGAUCAGUUUCCCCACGGCUCUAUCGUCAGCAGUCUUCCCAGGAUACCCCAUACUCCCCACCUCCAAGCCCAGCUAGGCCUAUGACAGUCAACACUGCUACUUCUCCCCUGUCUUCACCUACCCGAUUUAGCCGGCAAUCAACAUUUGACAAUUACUCCCCAUGUGGCAGCCCUCCAGACACGCCACCUUACCAACAGUCUCCUACACGUAGCUUCUAUCAAACACAAAGAGUUGAGAAAGUAAAUGUGGGAACAAGUAUGGUCACCACAGCCAGCACUUACGCCAGAGGGUCCAUGUCAAUGGACAACAUCUCUCUCUGUCGAAUAUCUACUGUCCCAGGCACUUCUAGGGUAGAGCAGGGCCAUAUGAUUCAAGGUGGAAGUGUUGUGGACCUCAGAACAGCCACCAAACCAGCUCCUAUUAUCAUGACUGACCAGGGAAUGGAUCUUACCUCCUUGGCAAGUGAAAGCAGGAAAUACCAUGGUGGAUCAGAGGGUAGUAGACAUUCAACAAUUGUACAGCCAUUGAUUAUGAACCUGAACACCCAGGAGAUCACUACACCAACCACUGUGAGUGUCACUGUGGCUGCUUCCAUGUUCAUGACCCAGCCCAAACAGCCAGCAGUCUAUGGUGAUCCACAUCAAAACAGAGUAGAUCUGGGUCAGGGCAUGGGUUCGGCAGUGUGUCUUUCCCAGAACAAACCACCAAUGUCACCUCCAACUGACCCAACAAUACCAAAAAUUGAUGCCAAACUGGAAGACCUCAGUAUCCAACAGAGAGAGCUACAAAUACAGCAAGAGAAGUUACAGAAGCAACAACAGCUCCUUGAACAGCAGUUGCAGCAGCAUCAUCAGAUGCAACAUCAACAGCAACAGGCAUCUGCUUUGGCCAGGUACAGCCUUACUGGCCAGAUCUCACCUUUACUGAAAAAAGAUUUGCUAGUCAGUCAGAGUAGUGCUGCCUCAGCUGUGGUCAGUGCUGUAUCACCAGUCAUUAACCCUGAGCUGUAUGGCACUGGUCCCAUUGAGCUGAAAGGGAAGCCCAGUCCUCCUGGUGUUAUAUCAGGAGGUAAAUUACCACAUAGCAUGGUAGUACAGAUGGAUGGAGAGCCAGAGCAGGCCAGGGCGGUGACUCAGCUAGUGAAGGUGGAAGAAGGACAGGAUGCUAUGGAUCUGACAGGAGGCCAAAUUAAACCUGAUAACCAACCAGCUUGCUGUGAUGUUGUUUACCGACUUCCAUUUGGUGGAAGCUGUGUUGGGGGUGAGAAAGAGGGCAUAAGGCCUCCAUCAGCCCCACCUCUCACCUAUGAGUCUGACCAAGAAAGACAACCUGGAGGGUACCAUGAAUAUCCAGUGGAUGAAGGCAAGGUCUACACAUUACCUUUCCCUGGUAGGCUUCAGCCUUCAAUGUCUGAUACAAACCUAGCUGAAGCAGGGCUACAGUCCUACCAUUCUAAACUAGAACCACACAUUCAAGCUUCAGGAGAUCUUGCCAUAGAUCUAACUGCUAUGAAACAGAGCUAUGGAGGGUAUAUGGGGAUGCAGUAUGGCUCCUAUACAGAUUUACGGCAUGGAGGAGACAUCACAGCCCAAACACUGCCUAUAAGGAGAUAUAAUUCCUUGUCUAACAUCAGUUCAGACUAUGGCUACUCUGCACGUGACAUUGCUAGCUUCCAAGAAGCUAACUUGGCUCAGUACAGUGCUACAACUGCCAGGGAGAUCAGCCGCAUGUGUGCAGCACUCAAUUCCAUAGAUCGAUAUGGAAGCAAUCCGGACUUGAUGCAGUUUGGUAGUUUGGGAAGAGGAACCGGGCCUGGGGCCUCCAGACUUGCAGCAGGUCUUGGCAUGAGACAAAAUCUCCUAUUUGGACUAGAUGGAAAGCCAAUCUCCCAUAGUCAAGCACUGACCAACCUUAUCAAUGCCAGGCAGGCCAGUCUCAGAGCCAUGUACCCUGCUGCUAUUAGGUCGUCUGAUGGGAUGAUCUACUCCACCAUUCAGACCCCCAUCGCUUCUACACUUCCCAUCACAACUCAGCCUGCCUCUGUUCUUCGCCCACUACUGAGGGGGGUCUACAGGCCAUACCCCUCUGCCAACAUGACACCUGUGCCCCUAUCCAGUCUUAGCAGACUUCCAAUGAGUGCCAUAAUACCCUUAACUGGACAAGCUCCAGUCCGUUACCCAGCACCAGGUCUUCUCCAAACAACGUCAACCACUGCCACUACUGCUGGUGCUGCAACAACUUCAGCGCCAGUAGGUGCCCCAGUGUCUGUUUCCAUGACAACUACUAGUUCUACAGUCCAGGAUGAACCAGUUUAUCUCGGUAAAGGUGCAUCCUCAUCAACUGAGGUCACCCCAGUACAAGGAACAGUCAUACCAAUGGACCCACAGCAGCAGCCAAUAAACCUGUCCCAGGCACACCUGAACAGUCAACAGCAACAGCAACAGCAACAGCAACAAUUGGCAACUGCUCAGCAGCCCCAACAGCCUCCUCCAGCAGCCCAUGCCUACCCACCAUCAGCUUCUUCACACACUCACGGCUACACCCAACCUCCAGUCGGCCCAUCUGGCCCCACUAGUGGCUUACCCAUUCCAGGGGGACUUCCUCCCUUCCCUCCACCAGGUGCCAUACACAAGGAAGGUGAAACCGAGGCAGACAGGCUGCAUCGGCAGCAGGAGCAGCUUCUGCAGAUGGAGAGGGAGCGUGUGGAGCUGGAGAAACUCCGGCAACUACGCCUGCAAGAGGAGCUGGAACGAGAAAGGAUAGAGCUGAAGCUGCACAGGGAGAAGGAGCAGAUGCUGGUGCAGAGAGAGUUGCAUGAGCUGCAGAACAUCAAGGAACAGAACAAGCAGUUGAAAAUCUUUCAAGUUAACUCGGUUAAACAGGUUCUACAGCAGCAGCAACAAGAACGCGAGAAACAACUUGUUCUCCAGAGGGAGCAGUUGGCCCAGCAGAAGUCCCAGCUAGACCAGAUCCAGUCUUUACAGAAUCAGCUCCAGCAGCAGCUUGUAGAGCAGAAGAGACAGAAAACAGCUGCAGCUCAGAUGGGCUCCCGUUCUCUCCCCAACUCCUCGUCAGAGAUGUGUCUGAGGAGCCAGCAGGAACACAUGGAGACCAGGAGCAACAUGAGGAAACACAGCUCAAUGACCAGGCUGAGCAGGGACAGCUUGGACGGAGACAGCAUGGUGUUUUACGGCUCCCCUCGCAGGAUCGUGGACAGUUGUGUGCAGACAGAUGAUGAAGACAGAGAGGAGAGGUACAUGAUGCGUCAUCGCACUAGAAGGCGUGGUCGUAGUGUUGACUGCUCCGUCCAGACAGAUGACGACGAAGACAAGGCUGAGACUGAGCAGCCAGUCCGCCGAAGACGUUCACGUUUCUCCCGGCACACUGAGUCCAGCAGCACUGCCACCACGUCCACCACAACCACUGACACCAAGAGCGACACUCCCAAGAUGGUAUCCUCCAGUAUCGCCAUUCAGACCAUUAGGGAAAUGUCUUGCCAGACGGAAGUGGAGCACCUAGGAAGAGUUUCCCCGGCAAUCCAUGUGACAGUACCAGACCCAAAUAAAGUAGAGAUUGUGCACUACAUCUCCGGGCCUGAGCGGACCCAAAAAGGACAGUCUCUAGCAUGCCAGACUGACCAGGAAGCCCAGUCACAGGGUGUUGUAGCUCCCCAGCUCAGUGUACCAACCACGGUCAGUCCAUAUUCUUCCUCUACCAGUACCGGUACACAACAAUCUGGUUCUGUCGACCACCUGACCCAGCAGCGCCAGCAGCAGCACAUUGCAGCAAACGCAGCCAAGUUUGAGCGACGCCGCCCCGACCCUCUUGACAUCAACUACCAGCCUCAUAACCACCUCCACAAUGAGUCCAUCUCCAGCAUCAUCCGGCAGCAGCAGACCCCCAAAUCCCCUCAAGUCCUCUACUCCCCUGUCUCGCCGAUGUCCCCUCACCGCCUGCUGGAGACAUCUCUUUCCAGUGAGAGGCUGAACAAGGCCCAUGUCACACCUCAGCAGAAGUCCUACACAGCAGAGUCCCCCCAGAGACACCCCUCUAUGCCCCGACCCAUCAAGAGCACCCAGAGGUCCAUGUCAGACCCCAAGCCCCUCAGUCCCACCACAGACGAGCACACCAAGGCCAGGCUGUCUCUCUACCAACAACAAGCACUCCAGAGCCAGCUGGCAGCCCUACAGCAGAGCUCACUGCUCCGUAAGGUGAAGCGAACCCUGCCCAGCCCUCCUCCGGAGGAGACUACCACAUCAGGUCACCUGCCCAUGAUGGCACCUGCCCUCCAACAGGUCUACCUGCCCUCCGUGCCCAGCCUCAAGCCCAGCUCCAGGUCUGGCCUGGCUGCCAAAGCCAGCCUCCUCAAAGACCUCACCCACGAGCUAAAGGCCGUGGAGCAAGAGUCGACCAAGCUAAGAAAGCAGCAAGCUGAACUGGAAGAGGAAGAGAAAGAAAUUGAUGCUAAACUGAGAUACCUAGAGCUGGGGAUCCACCAAAGGAAAGAGACACUGGUCAAGGAGAGGGAGAGGAGGGAUAUUGCCUACCUGAGGUGUAUGGGGGACACUAGGGAUUACAUGUCUGACAGUGAGUUGAAUAACCUACGUUUAGCAGCUGCAGCUGCAUCACAUGAGACCAAUGGGCUACUGUCAACGAGGCCAAGCACCGCCCCUAUGAGUCAGUUCACCAGCGACCUAAACACAGCAGCCCAAUACCCACCCGCCUCAUCCUUCCUCUCCUGUCAGUACCCCCAAAGCCAACCGGCAGCACCAAUUCAGCAAUCAAGUGUGCCGUACCAGUCUUCGACAUUUAACCAGCCUCCCUAUCCAACAGUGUCUCAGUCCCAGGCACUGCCACAGCCCACGCCCCUCCAGAGCCAUGUCCACCCUCCCGGACCUUCUUACCAGUCUCAAAACUCCUACCCUUCCCACACCUAUCCCCAGACUCAGCCCCCAUACCCCCAGACAGACAUGGGGUUACCAGCUGUACCUCAGCCUCAACCCCAGUCGGGGCAUACAGGUUUCGGGCCUGCACCGCCCGGUCAGCCCCCAUACCCCACCCACAGCUCACCCUAUCCCAGCGCUGUGUCCUCCUACCCUAGCCAGACCCCCCCAUACCCUGGGCAACCCCAAGCUGAUAUACUGACAGUCCACCCGGGAAGACCAAGGCAGACUUCACUGGCCGAUCUGGAGCACAAGAUGCCCACUAAUUACGAGACAAUCAGCAACCCCACAGUUGUGGUCACCACCACAGCCCAGGAUGCUUCCUAUUCCAGUGCAGCCCCCUCUUAUGGUCAGUACACUGGAUCGACAACUAUGGCCAGCUCCUAUGGGCCAUAUGGCUCAGCACCAGUGUCCAGCACCUACGGUGGGUACUCUACUAUGCCACCUAGCACUUAUGGCCAUUAUACUUCAACAGCAGCUAAUUCAUAUGGCCAGUACACCACAACCACUGCCAAUACUUAUGGCUACACCACAACCACAGCCAGCUCUUACGGACAGUACACUUCUACAGUCUCCAAUGCCUAUGGGCAUUCUGUAGACAGUCCCUCCACAUAUAGCUCUGCAGAUGGGAUGUAUGGGGCCCCUGGCUUAGAGCAGAACAUCCCAAGGAACUACAUGAUGAUUGAUGAUGUAAGCGAGCUGACGGCAAAAGACGGGCUGGGCACGUCGACAGGGGACAUGAUGCAUCAUGGCGGCAGUGGGCGUUACCCGGGCGACAUCCACGGCCACAGCAGCACCAUUGGCAGUACAACGCGUGGGGGAACUGGCAGCUCCUCGUACGGCAGGGCACCUGAAGAGGAAGCAGCGAUGCAGGAAGAGCUGUACGACCACCACGGCAGGGGUAAGAGCAGCUACAGGCACGGACCUCUAGGGGGCAGCAGCAGCAGCGUGAGCGCUAGCAUGGGUGGGGGAUCCUCCUAUUACUAUGACUACGACUGCAAACAUGGCAGCAUUCGCCCUGGGGUACAGAAACCUUUGUUGUCCUCCAGAAGCCUUCUGGCUCCUGCUGUUAUGUCCUCCAAGCGCAGCAAGCACAGAAAACUGGGGAGUAUGGAGCAAAAAAUCUCCAAGUUUUCCCCAAUUGAGGAGGCUCGGGAUGUGGAGGCAGACCUGGCCUCCUAUUCCUCAGCGACAGUUGGGGCUUACCCCUCCUCUCACAUUCGAGGGCGCAAGCUGAUUGAGGAUUAUGGCUUCAAGAGGAAUACUUACGAGGCGGGCAGUGGCACCACUCAUGGUAGUCGAUACUAUGGUUCAACGGUGGAGGAGGAUGAUCGGAUUUACUACACCUCCAACGGCCGCUCCCGUUCUACCGGCUAUGGCAUGGACAAGAUCUCAGCCAGAGACUACUCUGGGUAUCGCAGCCGAUCCUAUGAGAGGGACGACCGCUCCUACCGAUCUGGCUUCAGCAGGGGGCGCCAUCCAACCCGGCAGUACUCUGAAGAAGAGAGCCCACUCAGUCCCGUGGGGAGGUUAAUGGGUUCUGGGCGAUCAUCAAGCUUAGGCCCUGACCCAUACGACAAGCGCAGCAGUAGAUAUCAAUACUAUUAUGGCCAGUAUGGUUCCAGCCACUCGCUGCCAGACGUACAAGACCACAUACGGGACCUUCCCCGGACGCAUGUCUACAAAUCGGAUGAUACAUACAUUAUAGACGAUUAUCAUUGCGCUGUGUCAGACAGCGAAGCCUACCAUCUGGGCCAAGAAGAAACUGACUGGUUUGAGAAGCCACGCUCCAGUUCUCGACACUACGGCAGCAGCCACUCAUCUGGGAGGAGCCGGCACGGUGUCAAACACACCUACCAUGAUUACGAUGAGCCUCCUGAAGAGGACCUGUGGCCGCAGGAUGAGUACGGCCACGGGGGGCGACACUCUUCAACCCGUGACCACAGGCAGCAUGGCAGCUCUAGCCGACACUCAUCCGCAUCACGUCAUUCAGAUGAGCCGAGGUCCUCUAGGUCAUCUAAGGGGCACCCCAAAGACCCAUCAAUGCGCCAAGACCCUUCAGCACGAUCCUCAUCUUCAGGAAGGCGUGGCGAGUCAAGGUCUGGAGGGUACCACUCUUCAGACUACUCCCGAGAUCCGUCUGCGCAUCACCAUGGACAGCGCUCCUCCAGACAGGGGGACCCACACCGUUCCUCUCGCAGCAAGUCUCAGCCGCCCCUGGACAUGCAGGGCCAACCAGGCUCCUCCAGGUCUGGCAGCAGCUCUGCCCGGGCUCAGGGCCCCUCUGGCGGGCCUACUGGAUCAGGGCGACAGGGUGGUCCAGGUUCCCAGACAGAUGGAGUUCCAGGACAGAGGACCCAGCUCCAACAACAAGCCCAGACAUCAGCAGCCAGGCCAGGGCAGCCUGGUGUCGCAGCAACCACCGGUCCUCAGCAGCAGCCCCCAACCCAGGGACAAGGCAUGGGAAUGGGCAUGGGCAUGGGCAUGGGCAUGGGCAUAGGCAUGGGCAUGGGCAUGGGGCAGGGCCAGGCCAAGCCAGGGCAGAUGGGACCAGUGGGUGGACCCAUGGGGCAGGCCAGGCAGACAGGUCCCGCAGGAACCACAGCACCCACCAUGGCCAAAAUCGACACGCCUCCUGUAACAGCUAUUGGAGCAAAGGCAGCGCCUGUCAUGGCCACAAAAGCCGCACAGCCCCCACUUACAGGCAUAGGCUCCAAGGCAGUUCCUCGGCCAGGAGGUAUUGGCAGUGCAGCAGCAGGUCAGCCUGGCAUGGAGGGAGAAGGCAUGUUGUCCAAGAUCCUCCCUGGAUCUGCCGCUGAGCAGGCCGGAAAACUGGGAGAAGCUAUCACCGGUUUUGGCAAGAAGUUCACCUCUUUAUUCUGAGGUGCUAAGAUUAAGGACUAUGUAAAUGUCGAAUGACAAAGUCACGAGGCCCCGUACCAGAAAAACCUGUGAAAUUCCCCCUGCUUUUGUUUUACUAAGAAAGGGAGGAAGGAGAGAGAGAGAGAGAGAGGGGAACAGAGAGGAGAGCUGAGCAUACUGCCAACAAGGACUGGAAUCCUCUGGACACUUCAUGUCUCAGGCCUGAGCACACACUGGCAGAGAGAACAUGCUGCUCUCUCUGGCAGGCCAGACAAUCAUGCCAAGCCAACACCCAUGUUUAGAAGGACUACCCUCUAUCCAGUGUCCCUAGCCAAAGAAUUGGUCUCCACCAAACUACCACAGAGUCCUAGAACCAACCUGUAGCAGUUAGACACAUCUCCGCUCCUUCAUUACAAAAGAGCAACUGGCAGCCAAACAUGACAGCAAAAUUCAAGAAGUUUUGUUUUGUUUUUGCUGGUCUUCCUCCAUGCCAGUAGAGGGAGCCUACUUACAUCACUGGAGAUCUACACAGCCGUUGAGGACGAGUAGAACCAAUGGAAGCCAUGUACCACCUCAGCCCUCCAUGUGGAUUUUACACUGCAGCUUCAAUGGAAGGAAAUAAAAGGGAGGUGCAAUUCUACUUCUAUAUGCUGAUGACUUCACCAUUUAUAUGAGAGCUGCUUCUUCCUGCUUACAGGACAUGGUAGCUUUACCACAGGCAUGGUGGCAUGCUAGGAUCCUUGGUUUCACAGUCCUGUGCUCAAACUAGGAAUAACAGCAACAAACCAGCCUCUCUCCUCUUUUCUAUCUCUUCUCUAAGUAAAACAAGAGUGGGGAAAAUAAACUUAUAAAACUUGCUGAGGUACUGCAGGUUUUUCUGGUACUAAAGACCUCUUGUUAAUCACCUAUCGGGAAGGAAAUUAAUGGAAAUGUCACGUUGAAUGAAUAAGACAAUGCUAACGACAUAUCUGACACACAGAGAACCAGUGUGUCGGCUAGCAUUUCUUUCCACGUUUUGUUUCUAUCUACAUUCCAGAUUGGAACUAUUGAAACCUUUUGCUCCCCCUCUUCCUCACCUCUCUGCGUUUCUUGAAUGCUGAUUCUUCUUUAUUUAAAAUCCCCGCCCAACGAUCCUCAACUUGCCAUGUCUUUAAAGAAGUGUAGUGGAUUAAAAAAAAAGUAGGAAUUUGGAAUGCAUGGAACUUUAUAUCCAAGACCUUACACUGUUCAUCAUUACUUAAAAGAGGCCAUAAAGACACUGGGAAACACAUCUUAGCUAGAUGACGUAAACAAUAACAAAGAAGAGAGAUUUCCGGAGCAACUCACAGGAAUCGGGCCACGGGAAUAGGAAGAGCCUUUUGUUUUUUUUAAGUAAAAAAAAAUGUUUGCGAUUGGUAUUUGGAGUGAAGCCGUAUGUGGUCGGGUUGUUUUUCAGCCAUUGCAAAGCCAUUAAGACAACAUUUACCUGCAGUGCUUGUGGUGAUGGGGUUUCUCCAACUGCUCCACAACAUUUGGCUCUCGGAUAUGUCUCAUGUUGUUGUUGGUGGUUAUCAUUUCUUGUGUUCUCUUCAUUUUUUUUAUAAUUUAGUUUUGUUUAUUGCCUGGUUUUUAUGUUGCAGGUUACCAAUUUUGCCUUAAUCAUUCUUAAAUAUUUUAUUUUAAAGUAAAACUGGCAUCUUUUUUAUUACACCCUGUAAACAUAUUUAAAUCACACCCUUUUUUAUGUAGUAAUAUCAGCUGGAACACUGGCCACAGUGAGAUUAAUUUAUAUUUUUUAAAUUAACUUUGUUUUUGAUAAUUGUUUGUGAUAUUAAUUUUCUUUUAUUUAUGUUUUGUAAUGUUUUGUUACCUUCAUCAUGCCCUCCGUCAAUUGUUUGACUCUUAUUUAUUAUUAAUACUUUUAGAGGUAAGAAAGUAAAGAGCACAAUCUUGUGUCAUUUAAAAAGUUGGUGGAAUAGAAACAUGUUGCCUCCGUCUGUCUUACUUACCACUGAUGUACUGCUCAAGUCUGACUUAAACGUACCACCAAACGUACUACUGCUGUACUAAUACAUCAGAGAGCAGGAGCUCAACUAUAAACAAGAGUUUGGUACCACCCAGAUCUUCUCCUCCAACCAACAGUGAGACAUCGUGUCUUCAAUCAGCCACUCGGUGGAUCGGAGUAAUACGCUGCUUGUAUUAGCCAGCUGGAGUCUUAUCUGAAAGCACUGCAGGGCAGCAGAGAGGCACUGAAAAGCAGACCAGUCACACAUCACGGCCGAACUGGACUUGACAUCGUCACCUGCGGGGGUUCGGGUUUCAAUGGGAUUCUUCUGACCCUCCAAGAUGGAUGUUUAUUGGGAGCGCCGCCAAGCUCCUUACACAUCAGUGUGUAUCCGCAUGUGUCUUCACACUUCAAUGGUGUCAAAAAAGAAAGGGAGAAAAAAAUUCGCACUCAUGUGACUGAGGAACCAAAAGUAACACACUUGGUUGUGUCACAAAGUCACUUGCCUUUUUUUUUAUUUUUAAUUUUCUAUCAUGGUGGCGUCCAGACCUGUAACCCAACCCCCGAAAACCUCUCUCUCAUACUGUCAGUUGUCAUGGAAACUUCUCAGGUCAGUGUUCUCCCUGCUGUUGCUCCUGCAGUGCAUUGUGGAAUCUGCGGUUCGGUACUCAAACCUACUCUGUCGGGCCAAACAUUGCGAGGCCUUCAGCGAAACCAACGAACCAACCAACUUCUGCUGUAUAUUGUCUGUGUGAACGCUCGCUGGGAACCUUCGCAUGCCGCCCGGCGCAGAAAACCUUAAAGUCACCUCUAUAUUGUUCUGUUCCUAAUGUUUGUAUGUAUGUGUGGGGGUCUGUAUGCGUGUAUUUAACGACCAUCAUCCAAUGUGGAAAAAGAAAAGAAAACAAGACAAACACGAGUUCAACCACAACACAUAUGGUGGGCAGAAGAGGCAACCUCUCAUCUCCAGUCCUUCUAUGCAAUGAAUCAUAUUUGGAAAAAUAGAAACAUGAGGAGGAAAAGGGAAGUGAAAAUACACGAAUGGGUCAAGUAAUUAAAAAAAGGCACAAUCAUGUAUUACACCUUUGGUUAUUCUAAUAUCAAGUUUGCUUUGUUUUGGCAUCCCACAUAGAUCAAAAUAAGGACAUUCUGUGAAUUUGUGUGUGUGUAUAAUAUAGGUCACCAGUAAGCUAGGAAAUAACAAGGGUCUUUGUAUUACUUGUGUUAACCUGGCACCUGGUUCAGGGUCCCCUGUCCUCCCCCACUGGGAGUCUCUGCCAAAGGGUCUCUCUAUAAAGAUGUGUUUAUGACAGCUGGGAAAUGGCAAUCAGAGCUGAGAGGAUGAGUAAGGAAACGGCAGUGGUCCUGCCACAGAUCCACCACUGUUUUUUUUUAAAUGUUUCAUGGAGUAGAAAUUUGCCAUACAAAUAUAAUUCAACAAGAAAAUGUCAAUGGUCAAUCAGUGAUUUCCAUUAAGAAUUGUCUGUUAGGAAAACUGCAUAAAAAUAAACCUAAAAUGUUCAUGAGCAAAAACAAAAGUCUCACAAAAGAUGCUACGCUAUAAAUAGUCAAUUUGCUGUUCUAUUAGAUAAGUAUUUCCCAGACAAACAAGGAAAUAAAAUGCAUUUUAAAUGGGUAGUUAGAGGAAGCACUGAAAGAUCCCAGCUGUCAUGAAAGCAUCUGCUGUCGGCCAUCUUUUUUUGUUUUGCUUCAAGCAGGGGUUAACAGAAUAUACAGAAAAGUUGUCCAGAGAUUUAUAUAAAAAUAGACUACAUAUAUAAUUUUUUUUAAUUUUAUUUGUUUAGAUGACGAAGGCCCAAAACUCGGCUACCUGAAUGUGCACUUGUUGUUGUUUUGCAGAGAGAGAAGUAUUUAAAGAAUAUUUAGGUGAAACACAAAGCCAGUUCAAACACAAAUAUUUAUAUGCAUAUUAUUGAUAAUAAUAUAUCAUUUAUAGAUUAUAUUUGAUUAAAAAUACUGUUGUAGGCUACUAGUGAAGUACUAUUCAAGGCAUUCCUAAAUUUAAUUAACUGGUGUGAGAGCGAGUUUGUAUGUGUUUAAAGGUGCACAGUAACUCCUUUACAACUCCUUCACUUUACUUCAAGUCACUGAAACUGUGUAAAAGAAGUCAGUAUAUAUUUUUUGUGAAACAUUUAUGAAAUGAUUUAUCUAUGUAAGAAUUUAUUUUAUCAUAGUGAGAGGGGAUAGAAAGCUGGCUGGGAGCGAAGAAAGAAGAGAGAUUUAGGUUUAAAAUCUAUAGACAGAGUGAGAAAUUAUGUUUAUACAGAUGUUAUCUAUUGCUGGAUGUAUGCACAACCACAAUUAUCAAUUGUUAAAAAUCUUUUUAAUUGAAGUUAUACUUUUGAGUCUGGCUAAACAGAAAAAAAUACAUCAUCCUGUUUAUUUUAUCACAGAAAAUCUGAUUGGUGGGUGUUAAAAAUUUACUUUUCUGGUAAUGUGCUGUCAAUUGAUUGGUUGUUUUAACAUACUUCCACAGGUUUCUCUUUCUCUAUUUUAUGUACAAGAUUACAGGUCAUCAUGGUCGUUGCUUUUUUUGGGUCUUCGUAGAGUUAAAUUCAGCUGUGUGAUUAUUCUGGUUCUGUUUGGAUCUGGCCGUGGCCCUGACAAACCGCACCGAGCCUGGAGAGAUCACUUCGCAGGUACACUGCCACCAGAUCAGUGUCUUAAAAUUAGUGUCAAAGUAGAACAAAUAAAAUGAGAGAGAGUUUAAAGUUAUACCCAAAUUAAUAAUAACUUCCUCUAUUGUAUGUCAUAUGUUUUUGGAAGUUUGUAAAAAAUUAAAAUGUUCAAUAAAAUGUUCCUCAAUCACUUUUGCCUCAGGAAAGCACACACUAAAUGCAGCAUCGCAACUGAGAUGAUCAAUAGACAAUAAAAAAUAAUGGGUGCAUUUAUGCAGGCGCAAUAAAUUUUUAACACUUUACGACACAGAUGUGCUCUUCCCAUGACUGCUGUUGACAAGAGGAAUUCAGCAGUCGCCAUGAAGACAUAAAUAACAAGAUCUGUGUCAAAAUGUCUAAAAAAAAAACAAAUUUUUUGCUCCUGUGUGAAAACAGCCACUGAAGGUGACUUAAAUAUGCAUAGCAGCAAGGGCUUUUAUACUAAAAUACUGGUCACUGAAGAAAGCCAUCCUGUUACUGCCCUCUAGCCAGUCGUGGUCUCUGUCUAUACUCUGCAUGGUGUCUGUCUAUAUCCAGGAAAGCAAGGUCAGACCACAGCAAUCACCAGUGGGCAAAAUCACCAAGCCACAGCCUGGUUUUUCAGAGGUGUUUGAAGCACAAAUGUAGACAAAAUUAAAAUUAAAACUUAGAGUUGUGUUCCAAAUCAAGAUGUUAACAAAUCGAGAUCUGCUCGGAAAUAGCUUCUUUAAGCCCCCCAAAAAAACAGAAACUAGUUUUCAUGAGGGAAAAAUGUACCUUUUUCUAAAUAUUAGGAGCUAAAAUUCACUUUUAUUCUUUCAAAUUAUGUUUUGGAACAAAACUCUUGUGUUUAUAAGUUUGCAAUAGAACACAAAGGGUCAAAUUUCCAGACACAUAGCCAAGAGAGGUUGCAUCCAUCAGAUCUGUGUUUAAAAGAAGUCAAAUCUCAAAAGUCUUGAGUCGUCUUUGAAUCCGACAUCAAGAGUCUUAGCAAUAAGUUUGCAUUUACACACACAGUCAGACAUUCAGAUUUUUGACCCUUUGUGGCACUGAUCUGGUAUCAGAAUGAGGUAUUUUUCUGACUAUACAGCAAUGAAAAAGGGAAUGACAAACUCUUAGCGCCACAGACUUAAAAAGAGUCGACGGUAUUUAAAUGCAGCUUAGAAUGCUUUUGGGAAACCCGGACUGCGUGUGUUUGUGUGUUCCUAACCAAAAAGCUAGCAUACAGUGCUUGUAAAGUUCGUAGUGUAGCAACUGUCACCACUGCUCUUGCUGUCGGUCAUGCAGACAGUCGUUGUGUAUAGCAGGACCGGAGAACAAUUUUAAAACCCACAAAUAUAUAUAUAUAUAUAAAUAUAUAAAAAGAAGAUGUUUCAUAGGUGAGAGGUUGUAAAGAGAGAGAGAAUGCUGAAACAAAAAAGAAAGUCCAUCUUUCACUGUAAAACCAUCAGGGAGCGUUUAUUCAUCUUUCACCUGUAAUGAAUCAUCAAAGUACAAUUACAAGUGCAUGACCUGGACACCUCCCCCACCCAAACUACCCCCCCUUCCCCUCCCCCCUCGACCACCCAUCCCUAGUCCUUUUCAACCUCUUCGACCUGUGACCUCCCACCUCACGGGCUGCCAUCUUUUUCAAGUGUAAAUACCAGAUGAGAACCAGAGUCUGCUUUGAACAAAUAACAACAUGUAAAUGCCAUGAAGGACAUGUUCUGUACAACAUGUAAAUCUCGAACAUGCUAACAUACCACAACACACACAGGCAUGAGAGAGGCCUUUGCACACUACACAGCGACACAAGCUGGAGCGUAUGCAAGCCUCCCUGCCCAAACCUGUGCUUUGUGUGAAUAAAAACAACAAAACCUACAUAACAAACAAGAACAGUUGUUGAUUUGAAUAAUAAAUGACAAAAAUCGCAUUGUAUACAUAUGUGGCUGGCUCGUGAGAACUGUUUAAAACUCAUUAAAAAGUUGUAUUCGGAUAUAAAAAAAAAAUUAUAAAAACAUAUUGGUCUGUGUAGAUUUUCUAUACAUGUUGUGUUUGUAAAAUGAGAUGACAUCAAAAACAAAAAAAGGGAAAAAUAUUCUGGCUUCCAUGUAAUUUUUGGGGUGGACAGAUUAUUUUUUGAGAGAUGAAGAUAAGGAGGGUGAGAUAGCAAAUUGGAUGAUGGAGACGAGAAAAAAAAGAAAUCAUAAAAUAACCCAAAUGAAUGAAGAAAAGAGGGUGAAAAUAAAAUACAGAAAAAGGUCGAGAGCCUAAAAUGAUUACAAAGUGUUCCAUUCACUGUUGUAAGUGCAAUGAGCUAAACUUCCUGUUUCCCCAUUGUAAAACCUUGUGUAUGUUUCCGUGUAUUCCUCCUGUAAAUGGGUGUAGUAGACCUGGUGCAUCAUGCCAUGUAAUGUGAUGAAUGACAAAUUAUGACCUUACAAUACAUUUCAAUCAGGAAAAAAUAAAUAAAAGACAAAUAAAAAA